GUCUCGGCAGGUACUUAAAGUACGGCCGUGCGCUCCACAGCGUCACUCGAUCUUCUGUUGCGGUUCUUAGAGAGAGAAAGAGAUCGCCCGUCUUCUCGUUCACCAUGAAGUUCUUGCUCGUCUUGUUGGUCGUGGGUGUCUGCAGCAGCCAGAGACUUAAAAUCCCCGACGUAUCAGACGAGGAGGUCAAAGGGCUGCUCUCCAAUGUUCCCGCAGUCGUGGAUUGCCUCAUCGAAGGCAGGACAGCCGGCGGAACAUGCCACCCCCUCACCAAUGACGUCAGAAGAUUCCUUCCAGAAUUGGCCGCUCAGAGGUUCCAGUGCAACUGCCCCGCCCAGCGUCACAUCAACGCCUUCCGCGACGCCAUCCAGAGGGACAGGGCCCAGUUCAGACGUAUGGCAGAUUGGGCCAAGACCAGCGGCUUGCUUGCUUAGACGACGAAUCCUUUGUUUAUAGUUUCUGUUCUUGUUACGUCUAUCUGUCUGUCUGUCUGUCUGCCUUUCUGUCUGCGUUCUCUGCAGAUGUGUCGAUGUGAUAAAUAAACAACAAAGUAGAUGUUAAGGUUUACUUUUUUUGUAUCAAAAUAAAAAAAAGAUGAUAACUUA